AUAGUUUCUACUUUGUCGUUGGCAGCAACCUUCAAAUCUUAUUGCACAAAAGAAGUUUAAUCCGGCUAGAGAUCCAUGUUCGGUUUUAUGGGAUGUCCUGUUGGAAGACCUGGUGACUAUGGAAUUGACUCAUGGAAAAAAAGAUCUUCCAAAUGGUCCCCCUUCACGGCUUAUAAUGUAUCUACAAAGUCGUUCCCUGGAGGGAAAGGACCAAGUUCGUGUCAUAAAGUGUCAUCGUGAAUCUAAUCAAGCAUUUGAAGUUUAUUCUUCUAUCGAGCAAGCAAGAAAUGUUUAUGGGCAAAGUCAAUCAAAGGCAUUGGUUAAAACAAAAAUGACUAGGCCAUAUUCUCCUAUUGCUGAUGUGGCCAGCGCUGAAGGAAUUUGCACCUGGUCUCCUCAACAGAUGCCUGCUUCGACUUUUGGAAGCAGUGAGCAGUGAAGGAAUAAACAAUGAUGGUAGCAAAAAAGUGAAGGAUAAUAUCACCAACUAAUACCUUUUCAAGUUAUCUAUCGUUUUCCUGGCUAGAAUAGCACAACACCCGCAAGGUACGAGUGGCAAUAAGCAGGACUAGUCAAGUUGCAUCUUCACAUUAGAAAUGCUUGUAUAUAUGUGUAUCAGCCUAUCAGGUAGAUGUGCUAGAAAGUUUUUAGGAGCAGAUACAACCCUGGAAACUUGUACAGCUUCUUACGUCCCUUUUAUACCUGUACUAUAAGUAGGUAGGUGGUGGCCUGAAAUCCCAUAAGCCAAAAAAAAUAUACAAGUAAGCUUCACCAUGCUCCAUUACUUAGAAACUGUACAGCUUGUGAUUUACCAAAUAUGUCUACAUUAGUCCUAAUAUUUCCUUAGAUAUACGUAGCCUAAGUAUUAAGUCAAACCUGAGUUUUUCGAAGGGAAACUUUUUGUAGCAAUUCCCUUGAUGUUGUUGACUAACUUCUCAGCAGUUGCAAGUGAAUUUCAUUUAUUGUUUGCUAUUUUCCUGCUGCG